AUGGAUUCAACAUCUUCUGGUGAAUCGGGUUAUGAUGUAUUUGUGAGUUACAGAGACGAAGACAUCCGCAAAACUUUCAUGGAUCAUCUCUUUAGUGAUUUCAAAAGAAAAGGAAUUUAUACUUAUGGGGACAAUGAUGAGUUAAGUAGAGGAGAAGAAACAUGUUUUGAAUCCUACAAAGCCAUUGAACAAUCAAGGUUUUUGAUAGUAAUCUUCUCACACAACUAUGCUUCAUCAACAUUGUGUUUGAAAGAACUUGUGAAAAUCCUUGAGUGUAAGGAGAGAGAUAAGGACAAGUAUGAAGUCAGGUGUAUCUUUUAUGAUGUGAAGGCAGGAGUUGUUCGCAAUCAAACUGGGAGCUACAAAGAAGCAAUCAUGAAGCAUGAAGCUUCAAAUGAAACAGAGGUUUAUAAUUGGAAGCAAGCUUUGACCUCUGCUGCAAACUUAUCAGGAUGGGAUCUCCAUGAUAUGACCAAUGGGAAUGUGUCAAAGUUCAUUGAUAUAAUCUCAAAGGACAUAUUGUAUAAACUAAUUGAUGGGCCCAUACAUGUUGGCAACAACCUAGUUGGAUUGUACACACGAGCAAAUCAAAUGAACUUGUUACAAUUUGUGGGGUCAAAUAAAGUCAACAUGAUAGGAAUAUGUGGCAUUGCUGGAAUAGGAAAAACAACCGUUGCAAAAGCUAUUUAUAAUCUUUUAUAUAAACAUUUUGAAGGACAUAGUUUUUGUGAAGAUGUGAAAGGCAUAGUGAAUCAAAAUGGGCUUGUUUAUCUUCAAAGAAAACUUCUUGAUGACAUCAUGAAAAGUGAGGAUUCAAGAAAACAAAGUGUUGGUGAAGGGGUAAGCAUAAUGAAGAAAAGAAUGCAAGGUAGAAAUGUCUUAAUUGUCCUUGAUGAUGUGGAUCAUUAUAGUCAAUUCGAAGCUGUAGCGGGAAAUCAUGGCUGGUUUAACCCUGGAAGCAUGAUUGUGGUAACAAGUAGAGAUAAACGGUUGUUGAUUGCGUAUCAAGUUGAACAUAUUUAUGAGAUUGCCCUUUUGAAUAAUGAUGAAGCUCUUGAGUUGUUUAGUUUGUAUGCUUUUAAAGAUAAGCAUCCGAAAGAUGAGUUUGUUGAACUUGCUAAUAGGAUACUUCACAAUGUGAAUGGACUCCCUUUUGCUUUAAAGACUUAUGGAAGUAUUUUGUUCAACAAGAGUUUAUAUGAAUGGGAAAAGGAGAUAAAUAAACUUGAAAGAACUCCUCAUGUUCUUAUACUUAAUCUUCUUAGAGUAAGUUAUGAUGGGCUAGAUAGGGAUCAAAAAAAUAUUUUUCUUGAUAUCGCGUGUUUCUUCAAAGGAGAAAAGAAAGAUUAUGUGAUGAAAAUUCUUGAUGGAUGUGAAUCAUAUUUAGCAACUAAUCUUAAAGUUUUACUUGAUAAGUCAUUGAUAAGUAUAUGUGAUGAUAGGAUACAAAUGCAUAAUUUAGUUCAAAAAAUGGGGUGGAAUAUAGUGAUUGAAGAAUGUGAAGAACAUGGGAAAAGGAGUAGGUUAUGGUGUCCUAUAGAUGUGUGUGAUGUGCUUGAAAAUGAUAAGGGAAGUGAUUUGGUUAAAGGGAUUGCAAUUGAUGUUUCAUGUUCGGAAGUCAAUAUGUGUGGUCAAAGCUUUAGAAAGUUGACUAAUCUUCGAUUGUUGAACAUAUAUAUUGGAGACUUGAGUAAGUAUGAAGGCGUAAAACGCAAGAACGAAUUGAGAAAAAAGAGUGAUGAGAUUGAAUUUUUAUCAAGUGAACUACAAUUGCUUUGUUGGCAUGGGUAUCCUUUUGAGAAUUUACCAAAAACUUUUAACCCUGAGAGCCUUUUAGUUCUUGAUCUAUCUUAUAGUUGCAUCAAACAAAUAUGGAAUGGAUUUUUAAAACAUGGUUUUGAAAAUCUGACACUAUUGAAGCUUAGUCAUUGUUGCAACUUAAGAAAGACGCCAGACUUUACCAAAACACCAAAUCUAAAGGAACUAAUACUUGAUGGAUGUGAGAAUCUUGUGGAAAUUCACCCUUCAAUUGGAACUUUAAAGAUGCUUGUUUUCAUAAAUUUGAAAAACUGCAAAAACCUUGAGAUUUUCCCGAAUAUAAAUGAAUUGGUGUCACUUCAACAUUUGAUUCUCUCUGGAUGCACAAAAUUGGAAAGAUUCGAGACUAAAUCAUGGCAUUCGUUCUUUUCACUUUCAUAUAUUUUAAGAAGAUUUCAUCCACAUGUGGGUUUAGUGUUGCCUUGUUUGUCAAAUUUAUGUUCACUAAGAGUUUUAGAUUGUAGUUAUUGCAAUCUAUUAGGUGAUAGUGUAAGGAAUCUGGAAAGUUUAUGUUCACUUGAAGAGUUGGAUUUGAGUGGGAAUGAUUUUACACAUAUAGAUGCUGACUUUAGUCAACUCUCUCGGCUUACGUGUCUUCGACUGAUUGAUUGUGAGAAGCUUGAAAUUCUGCCAAAACUUCCUUCAUCCUUACUUAAACUUGAAGCACACUAUCGCAUUUCACUCCAAGAGCUACCAAAGCUUUCAACCGUGUAA